GUAGUGGCCAAUUCUAGUCCAGUCGCGAUCGGCACGCCGCCUGAUACAAACGCGCAUCGGGACGCCGCCGACACUAGUUGAAAACUUUCCCGAAGAAAGCCCGCGUUGCGAUCCGUUGUGAUAUCCAAAGACUGAGAGAAGAGCUUGUGAUAUGUCAGUGUUCAGAAAUUUCGUCCUUUUCGAGUGAGUCUGCCGGGAAGAUGUGCGCUCGCCGCGGACGUGUUGGUACCAGGCCAACGCCGAAGGAGAAGUCCAAGACUUCUCUGCACACGGUCCCCAACGCCAGAUAAUAGAGAGUCCCGCUCCGUCCCGUCCGAAGUAGCAAUAAAAUGGCAGUUUACCGGAACUACUACAGGAGGAAGAACCUGGGCUGCGCCCAGAAGUGGGCCAUCACGUUCCCUUGCCUCUACCUCCUUUGCAGCACCAUCACGCUGGUGUGCGGCGAGAGGCUGAGGCACCACCAGCACGUCGACGACGACAUCUACGUGUCUCAAUUAGAGAAUAGCGCGAUCGAGGAGAGCUCAAAGACGCCGAUCGUCACGUGUCCGAAUUGCAUCUACAAGAACGACAGAGAGAUCAAAGCAGAAACGGACAAUUUGAGGUUAGAAGCGAUCAAAAGACAGAUAUUAUCGAAACUGGGCUUGAGGCACAAGCCCAACGUCACACAUAGUCUUCCUAGAGAAGUUAUCAUGGAAACCCUGUCUAGAGCUGAAGAUAACAGUGAUUUUUUUAGAUACUCUUAUAGUGAAGAAAAUAUAUCAACGACUAGCGCCAGGACGUCCACGGUGGAUACCAUGGAUUAUGACGACUUCUACGGGAGGACGUCGGAGAUCAUUUCGUUUGCUGAACAAGGGUCCAGGGUAAACCAGAAUAGACUGUUAGAAUUCCGUGUAAGUCCGGAAUCCGGACAAGCGGGUCAGGAAUUCCGAGUCAGGACGGCCACGUUAUGGCUGAAAGCUGACAUCCGACGUCGCCGACCAAUGCAGUGCAGAUCCACGGAAAUUUACGUCUUCAAAAUCAUAUCUCGUCUACCAGAAACAAUUACGCUCAGCGAACAGGACUUCGACCGUGCGACGUCGGACCCCGUCUCCCUCAGCCUGCAGGAGUCCAAGAGCGGUUGGCAGAAGCUCGACCUCACCGAGACCGUGCAGCAGUGGCUGUCCGAGUCCAGCAAGGACAAGCUCCAGCUCUUCGUCGACUGCAGCUGCUGCAGCAACUGGCACGUCCACCUCUUCAACACCGAGGUGGACAAGAAGAGCAACCCCAACCGGCCCUUCCUCGUCAUCCACACCGACCCCAGCACGGCGAAGCGCGUGCGGCGGCGGGCGCUCGACUGCUCCGAGGACUCGGGCAACCAGUGCUGCAAGCAGCGCUUCUACGUCAGCUUCAAGCAGCUGGGCUGGGACGACUGGGUGAUCGCCCCGCAGGGCUACCACGCCAACUACUGCCGGGGCGACUGCGGCCUCCACAGGACGCCCGACACCUACGUCACCUACCACACCCACGUGAUCGAGGAGGUCCGAAAGACUCACCACCUGAGCGGGAUGCAGCCUUGCUGUGCGCCCCUCAAGUUCUCUAGUAUGAGUUUAAUCUAUUACGGGCCUGAUUUGACUAUUAUCAAACGGGACCUGCCGAAGAUGGUGGUCGACGAGUGCGGUUGUCCAUGAACUUGUAGUUUAACGUUCAUCCAGACUUGUGAAAUGUUGUUCAGUUGUUUUCUCGUGUUACCACUCUAUUCAAUUCAUACUUUAUUCUAUUAUGAUUGUAGAGAACGAGGUUCUAAGGUAGGUACGAAAUUUCGGACUGAGCAUGUGCCCAAUAUUUUACUAAACGAAAGACUUUCUUAACAAAUAUCUCAUUCAAGGGUGGGGGCUGCCGGCCUACCGAUGCUUCGCAGAUUUUUUUCGUAGGCUUCGUCGUCUCUUUUUUUAUUUUUUUUUUGAUUUUUUGUUGCAGACGCGUCUCCAAUUCGGGCUCCUGGUCGAGCGAUUUUCGCCUCUAUUGUUCAGGCGAAAAUCGCUCUUCUUACUUAGUGGCCAACUCGAAUCCAAAAUUUUCUUGCGCCGCUCCCUGUUAUGUCUUAAGUGCCUUGUGUAGGUAAAGUGUAGCCGCUUCCGCCCCCAGACCGGCACGUCCCCGCCGCCAUUGUUAGUAGGAAAUUAGUGAAUAUGUUUACUUAAGCGCAUCGUUGGUUGCCUAAAUCCAGCAUUCAGGCAACCAAAGAUACACCGGCGUAAUCUAGCUGACUAACUCAAUUCGUGAUUGACCUUGUAAAAACUAUAUCACAGCUGAGCCUUGUAAAUGAUCGCGAAGAGGGCUUAAUUAUGGUUUAUGUGAUUGUACUUAAUGUUUGUGAUUUUUUUACCAUUGUAACCUGUGAUUUUUUGCGUUUUUUAUUUAUUUACGUUGUGGGAUUUAAAUUAUGAUUCACUGCCGCCUCCUUUCGAAUGUAAAUUGUAAGCAUUGAAUGACAAUAAGAUACUAAAACUACUCAUUAAUAUAGCAAAGUCGACUUACGCAGUAUAACUCUCAUUGUAAAGUAUAUAAAUGCUAGUCCACUUAUAAUACUCAUAGGCACUAUGGUUGGUCCCGGCGGCGGACCGAGCCGCAGCGGUCGGUUCCGUCCGCCGGCGGGCCCCGGCUUCACUUGGAAACACGGAGCCAGCCAGGCCGCCGCUUCAAAUCUUCCACCAGAAUUGGGCGUUCUUCCAUUAGAUUAGAGCGGCUUCGGUCACGGGCAGCUGUCCCAGGUCGACACAUAUCAUUGUAGUGUGUUCUGGCAUAUUUUGGUCUGACCUGGAGAGCGGGCAGCGGGCGGCGUGGCUGGCCCCCCUGCACUAUAUCUACGCAAAUAUACCCAAAUUUUGCCUUACUAUAAACAAAACGUUAUAAAUACCUAUUCUAAUCAGGAAAUAGUUGGGGCGCGGCUGGGGCGCCGACGGCGGCCCGGCCGCACACCGACGUGUUUCGGUAUUUUACGACCAGGAUAUUUUACGAUGAUCGUGGAAAUUUACUGUAUGGUCGUUGAUAUGAAUAAAUUAGCUUUUGCAACCUACAUAAUAAUUUGAUAAUAAUUAGCUCAUUUAGUGAUAGACAAACAACGCAAUUUUAUUAAAAAGAAAAAUCGACAAAUGUU